AUGAGUACAGUUGUCAUGGAGACGCUUCAGGUGUGCAUUGUGUUUUGUUGUACCUGUAUGCUGCAGGUUUUCGCGUGUCCGCAAGAAUGCAUGUGUUCAGAAACACACGUCAACUGCUAUGGGAGAAAACUCCAUAACAUUCCUCUUGACAAUCCAACAGAUACAACAAAAUUGAACUUUGGAAAUAACGAAAUUGAACGAAUUGACUCCACGAGAUUUGUAAGCCUGACAAAACUACAGGAGCUGGUGCUAAAAUACAACAAAAUUACCUCACUUGAACUGGAAACAUUUAAAUAUUUGAAAAAUAUGGAAAAACUUGAUCUUGGAAGCAACAACAUACAAAUGAUUGAAAUAGGUGUUUUUGAUGAUGUUCCAAAACUGAAAGAAAUCGAUUUAUCGGAAAAUUUCAUCGAAAAUAUCGACAAUGUGUUUCGUGGUUUACAAAAUUUGGAGAGAAUUGAUCUAGGCAGCAACAAAAUAAAAGUAAUUACCAAAAUGGCAUUCAGGGAUUUGAAACAUCUCAGCUACCUUCUUCUACCGAACAACGAGAUAACCAAAAUCAACCGGUUUGCCUUUCGACCUCUUCAGAGCUUAACAUGGAUCACUCUGACGAGAAACCCGUUAGAAAAUGCAAACGCUCUAUUCGUGAAAAGCCAACAGCUUUUGUAUAUUGAUCUGACGCAGUGUGCCCUAACCCGCAUCCCAAGCAAGUUCCCGCCGUCAGUUCAAUAUCUACAGCUGGGCAAAAAUAACAUAACUCGAAUCAAGGCGUGUGCUUUUUCCCGUAAUACAAAAUUAAAGAUUUUAGUGCUUGCCCAAAAUGAAAUAAAUGUUAUCGAUAAGGGAGCAUUCGGGUCAUUGAAAGACCUGUGCGAAUUGCGGUUGAAUGACAAUAAAUUAACGAAAUUCCCAUCGCCAUUUCCAUCAGCCGUGAAGUCUGUCUAUAUAUCCAGAAACAAAAUCCAAGCAAAUUUCGUACAACGAUUUUCCUGCCAAUUCCCAGCUUACUACCCUGUUACUUAA